UACGAGCUGUGGUAGAGGUUCAUCAUCAUUUAUCAUAAGCCCCCUUUUCAAGUCUUCUUUUUCACCUUUACGAGAAUCUCGAACUGUGACGAGAAAACGAGGAAAAGGAAGCCAGUCGCCGUCGCCGGGGUCAGUGUGGGCGAGACGUCGUGUGGCUUCCGCAGUCGGCCACCAUUGAAAGCCAAACAGCCACGCGGUUUGCCAACCGUCGAAACAGCCACCGCCAUGUCGAACCCGGACCUCCUGAUAGUGGAGAGGACGCGUGUGACAACUAGCACCCCUCCACCCGUGACCCGCAGCGUCGAGACAGUGGUGAGGCCCGCACGCUCGUCCUCCCAAACCGUGGUGACCAGCAGCACUCCGGUGGACGUCACGAUCACCACGGUGCCCGUAGCCGUCCUCGUGGAGGAGCCUCCUCCACCACCGGUCAUCGUGGAGACCGUGGUUCCAGUCGUGCCGGUGAUUCCUGUAGUGCCUGUGGUACCGGUGGUCUCCGUCGUGGCCACCCCAGUCGUGAGCGAGGUCUCGUCCGUGACGACCAUCACCGAGAGCGUGUCCGUGCCCACACUGCUCAUGUUCUGAGAACGCGCCAUCUCCUUUGGCCAGCGUAUGAAAGAGACAGACCUGUGAGCACCGAACUGUUGGCGAUGGACAAAAAUUGUGACACAGAUUCGGAACUAAAAUAGAGCGGCGACAUGCUUGAGAGAGACUGCCCUCGCGACAGCUUGCCAUUCCUCUGAAUACAUUCGGCCUUGAAGCGAACAUAUAAAAUCGGUCAUGGUACCACUAACUCUUGACCACAAGUUCUUGAGGUCAUUUGAAGAAAAAUAAAUUCUGAG